AUGGCUGUAAAAAAUAUUCGACCUUCGCAGUCACUUGCAAAAAUCAUUAAGGCCUUUCGACUCAUUUCCGGAGUGGUCGGCGCUGAUGUGUACGAUGUGAAUUAUAGAGUUAACAUUAUUACCGUUAUAGUGAUAAUCUGCAUUACCAUAUAUUUCAUCUUCACUGCCACCACUGUGGCGAAUGUAUUUUCGGAGAAUUGGAAGUACAUGUUGGAGGCAUCCUGUAUGGUGGGCAGCGUAUUGCAGGGCGUCACCAAACUUAUUUCGGCCAUUGUGUACGCCAAAGAUAUCUCCACGGUAUGCUCAGAAUUAGAAUGGCUCUAUAGUGAAUACGAAACUAAGGGUGAGGCCUAUUGUAAGGCUUUGAACGAAUGUUGCGAGCGCGUAUGGCAAUUUAUCAAAAUGGUUGGAAACAUUUACGCUAUCACUGUUGUAGGAAUAUUAUUUUUGACAGCCGUUCUGGUCAUCGUAACCGACAAGCAAGUUUAUGUAAUGCAAUUCCUUAUACCUGGGGUGGACGUUGAGACGAAGUUUGGUUAUUUGACUACAUUGAUUGUGCACACUGUGCUGAUAGUAGCUGGCGGUUUUGGGCUCUUUGCGGGCGAUCUAUUUUUUUUGUUCUUUCUGGGACAACCGGAAUUGUUUCGCGAUCUUUUGGUAUUGAAAGUAGAGCACCUUAAUAAGGUUUCUACCAAAAACAAUGCAAUAACUGAAAGACUAUUGAUCGAUAUUAUUGAAUGGCAUCAAUACUACACAGAUUACAACAAGCGUUGCAAUCGAAUAUUUUAUUAUAUAAUCACCAUGCAAAUUGUGACAUCGGGCAUUUCAAUCAUUUGCACUAUGUAUAUUAUUUUAAUGGGAGAUUGGCCAGGCGCAUACCUGUACAUUGUGGUCGCAUUCAGUGGACUUUAUGUUUACUGUAUUAUUGGCACAAAAAUCGAGACAUGUAAUCAAGCGUUUUAUGAAGAGCUUUACAAUAUUAACUGGUACAAUUUGGAUGUAAAAAAUCAGAAAAUGAUGGUAUUUAUUUUGAAGAAGUCCCAAAGUCCCAGUGAAAUAAAAAUUGGCGGAUUCUUACCACUCUCCGUACAAACAGCACUUUCGAUAACAAAAUCGAUUUAUGGCAUUUUUACAAUGAUGCUACGCUUUUUGGAUGAGAACCAAUGAAGUUAUG